CGGUAGCGGGUAGCACCGCGAGGACCAAAGACCGUCGUACCCACACUCAUUCGAAAGGUUGCGGACCGCGCGACCGGGUACCAGUCGACAAACGUCCGUCCGUACGAUACGAUAGCCACACGCGGUCUCUACGCGAUUCGCGUUAUUUAUUUAUUUAUUUAUUUAUUCAAUCAUUCAUUCGCUACUCGAACGCGAUUUUGUCGUACGUACGAGAAUCCCACUUCCUCGUUGAGUUGUAAUUUUUUUCUCUUCGUCGAUCCACUUGUGCCCCGGUAGCUGAUAUGAGGUGAUCUUACUACGGCGGAUAACGAAUAUUAUAAAUAAAUAAAUAAUCGACGAUAAUCGAGUAUCGCUGGUUUAUUGCCGUUCGUUGCUGACGUUAGCGGGACCCGGUCAGGCUGAUGGAAUAUGUGCAGGAAUUUAUCGCUGACGCGUUAUUGUAAUUGAACCUCCGAGAACAGAAUGGGCUGGUUCAGAGCGCAAACGGAGGCUGCACCCAGGCUGCUGAGGUUGAGUCCGCUGAGACCGGAAGAGGAUCCGGAAGCGGCGAUGCUGCGUCUUCACGUCACGGGAUCGUCACGGUUGAGAGAUAUGUCGCCGCUGAGGUGGGUGCGUCGAAAAUCAUCGAGUUCGGAAUCCGAGCGAAAUUGCUACAACGUGCAAACCUCGCAAGUGACCACCGAGCGGACCAACGGAGCCAACAAAAAGGACAAGAAAAGGAUCCACGAGGAACGAAGAAGAUCCAGAGAGAAGAAGAACCCGCUUUUGGAUCGUGUGAGAAACGCGAGGUUGAGCUUUUUCAAGGAACAGAUCGACAAGGAGCAGACGAAAUCCUUCGAGGAUUGCCCGGAAUUCGGUAAAAACUCGAGGGGGGACAGCGACGAACCGUUGAACGGUGUCCUGCGUCUCCGUGCCGGAAGAGCGCAGAAUCAUUGCGGACCGGUACAAACGCAGUCGGUUUGCUGCAGUGAAGUGAAUCUCGGAAUGUUGAGACCGAACGAUGCGAACCACUCGUUGACUUCCGACGAUAUUUUCGAAGACGAGGAAAGACUCCGAGCCACGAGAAAACGUCGUUCUAAGUCACAGUCGCGAUUGCCGAGCGCUCUAUCCAACGAAGAAUAUCCUUGUCCCGGUAUGUUUCCCGGUAAUCGUCUCAGCGUCACCGGUUCCCAGUCGGUGGACGACGUCUACGCGGUGGAAAGUCCGAGACCUUCGAGAACGCGUUGGUACCGAGGCAGGGAAGCUCUCAAGGAAUCGGAGAUCGGGAUCACCGGGACCGACGAGCAGCCAGGAGUCUCCAAGUUCGACAGCGUGAAUCCCUCCAGUUGUUUAGCCGCGAAAUUUCGGGCUAUACAAGACAGGUACAUGAAAAGUUCCACCAGCCGACUGAUAGCCAGGUUUUACAAGAGGGAGCCGAAGGCGGAUAAUCAGGACGUCGCGGAGAGGCAGAGAUUGAGGAGUUUCUCCUACGGGACUCUGCCGGGUCUCGACGAACUCCGGACCAAUCCCCUCUACGUCGAUCUGGACCCCGAGGACGACAACGACUCCGGGAUACUGGACAACGAUUCGGCGACGAGUUCCAUACUGGACGACAGAUGCGGUAGCAGCGCGACCAACGAAAUCCCCGCGGAAACACCGCCGAGAUUGCCGCCCAGAAGGACGUCGGUACCCACGGUUGUUACCGGAACUCGUUUCCACCACGUCGCCUUCGGUAUCGAAAAAGAUCCUUUGGGAAACAACGGUGUGUGCCAAGCGACGAAUUCCGAGUUGAUCUCCCAGCGAGGGGUCCAGGAGGCGAUCGACUCGUCCCGCGGGCUCAGAGGUAAACCUCUACCCGUGGUGAGAAACGGAUCUUACAGUACCGAAACGAUGGUGGUCAGAUUGAAACGCGAUGUUUACGAUCAAUCGUUGGGCAUAUUUAUCGCCAGGACUCCGGAAGCGAGACCGGGAUACCUCGUGGCUCAGGUUGUUCCCAACGGUCUUGCCGACAAGGAAGGCUCGUUGAAAAUCGGCGACGAAAUCCUCGUCGUUAACGGAAAACGUCUUCGAGGUUGCACGAUGAGCGAGGCCAAACGUCUUCUGGCCGGCGGUGGCGGGACCGACGAAACGGUCGAUAUCGUCGUGUCCAGGAUGACGAGGAGCCCCGAACACCAUCGAAAUUUCGAGGCCGAAAGACCGGCUCGAAAAUUGAGGGAGAGCAGCGUGGAUUACGAGAAUGUUGUCGUCGAGAACGGCCACGGUGUGAUCGCGGGGAAUUUCGUCUCGUCGCCGAGGUCGCAUUUUCGAAAAAAUUCCCAUCACGGCGCAAAAGGUAACAGGGAACAAUUUAAAAAUGGCUCCAACAUUUCCAUAUCUUCGGAAAAAUUAUGUUCCUCUUCGGGAUCCGCCAAGACCACCCAAUCCUCGUCGCAAUGCGUCUCGGAUUUUUGCACUUUACCGAGAAGACCGAGGAGCACGAUAUCCGCAUUUCAUACGGUCGUUUUCGAAAAAGGAUCGGGAAAAAAAUCCUUGGGGUUCACCAUUGUCGGAGGAAGAGACAGUCCCAAAGGAAGCAUCGGCAUCUUCGUGAAAUCGGUACUGCCGGGAGGACAGGCUGCGGAAGAUGGCCGACUGCGAGCCGGGGAUGAAAUUUUGGCAGUCAACGGCCACGUCUGUCACGAUUUGGCUCAUAGGGAAGCGGUGCAGUUAUUUCGUAAUAUAAAAAGCGGCCCCGUCGCCCUGCACCUUUCGAGACGCGCCAAGCAUCGUGAAUCGCAGAAGCAAAAAGCCAACUCGUGCGCAGAUCUUUUACUGGUCGACGCUUAAGGUACAUGUAUACGAUAAUACGUUAUUAAUAAAAAUACGAGGGACAACGAUGCAGAUGUAGAGAAAGAAUUAUGUAUAUUUUAUGUAAAAAUUGAAACCGCUGCUCAAGCUGUAUAUAAAUAUUUGUACAUUUGUAAAAAAAAACGAAAAAAAAAGUAAAAAACAAAAAAAAAACUCAAACGAAAGAGGAAAACAAAUCAGAGGAAUAAAAGGAUAUAUUUAUAAUGAUGAAUUUCUAUGAUAAUGAAUCUACGUUCGGACGUGAUCUCGGGGGAGAAAAUUAAUCAAAGUUGAAUGUCAAACUCGUGAAUUAGGUACGUCGCGUAUCAGGUAAAAAUAUCAAGGUAUAUCAUCUUUUAUUGCUUCGUGAAACGAACGAAAUGAAUGGAAAAAUAUAGAGAAUAAUAAUGACAAAAAAUAAAACUUAACAAAUCACAUGUACAAAAUUCACCGCUGUAUUAUCCGAGGCAUUCGUAAAUUGUAUUAUUUAGCUGCAGCAAUAUAAAAUCUUAACGUACCAAUAUACUAAUAAAAUGAAUGAAUUAAUGAA